AUGAAGCUCUUUCUAUUCUCUCUCUUCGCAACUAUUGCCAGUGCGGCACCUAGCACAGGUCAUUGCCGCUGCCGACCACACGAAAGCUGCUGGCCAUCUGAACAAGAAUGGUCUGGCUUGAAUGACACAAUCCAAGGGAAUCUCGUUGCUGUCAGGCCUGCCGCAUCCGUUUGCUAUGCGGCAGAGUUUGAUCAGGCAGCAUGUAAGGAUGCCAUAAACAAGUGGUCCGACUCUACCUGGCGAGCUGCUCAGCCCGGUGCUGGGCAAUGGGAGAAUUGGGAAGCCUGGGCAGAGCGACACCAAACAUGCUAUAUGGAGUCAGCUCAUGAUAAAACCUGUGGCCAAGGUCGUAUUUCGUUGUACUCUGCGAAGGUACAGACGGCUUCGCAGAUUCAGAAGGCUGUGCGGUUUGCAAGCGCACAUAAUCUUCGACUCGCCAUCAAGAAUUCUGGUCAUGACUUCCUCGGUCGUUCAGCAGCUCCAGGGUCAUUGCAGAUCUUGACCAAUGGAAUGAAGGACAUCAAGUUUGUUGAUAACUUUAUACCGGUUCAUGCGCCAAAGGGCAAGGGCGAGGGCAAAGCAGUCACUCUGUCUGCGGGCGUCAACCUGGCCGAGCUAUAUAAAGCAGUCGCGGAGCACAAUGUGACUGUCAUUGCAGGUGCUUCGCACACUGUUGGUGCGGCUGGGGGUUACAUUCAAGGAGGAGGACAUUCCCCGUUUGGUGCUUGGAAAGGACUGGCCUCUGACAAUGCCCUUGAAUUCGAAAUUGUGACAGCUGAUGGAAAACUUGUCACCGCAAAUGCUUACCAGAAUAGUGACUUGUUCUGGGCUUUGCGAGGUGGCGGCGGAGGGACAUUUGGAGUUGUGGCCAAGGUCACUGUUCGAACAUUUGCAGAAGUCCCGGUAGUAGUCGCCAAUCUUAAUAUCACAACAUCUGCUGGUGACCCUCAUUUCUGGAAUGCCUUCACUGAGUGGCACGCAGCACUUCCAGACCUGAAUGACGGCGGUGGCUCCGGAUAUUACUUUGGGAUCCCAGAUAUGUCUCUCAAUGCGACGAGCAGCGUUUCCAGCAUCAUAUCUCUGCUCAUGUUCCCCGAACACUCCGAGACAAGCGCAAUUGGAAAAUUGUACGCCCCAUUGGUUAAAAAGCUGAAAUCAAUCCCUGGUGUGGUAGUCCAAUAUGGCGCCUUUGGAUUGCCCACCAUGAACACAACGAUACAAACUAUGCUAUUGGAAGGUAAUACCGACACCACAGGCGGGAUGACAACACUGCUAUCGCGUCUGUACUCCAAGGACCUUCUGCUAUCCGAAGACGGACCGAGUCGAUUGUCCAAGGCGUGGAGUAGCCUUAGGUACAGCCCCGGAGAAACAUUCAUCGGUCAUGUGGUUGCAGGUGGUGCAGUCGCAGCCAAUGGCGACAAGGUUGACAGUGCCGUCAAUCCGGCUUGGAGGAAAGCCGUUAUUCACCUGCUGUGUUCAAGAAGUUGGAAUGCCACCACAACGCUUGCAAAGCAGCGUGCUAUUAUCAAGAAUGCCACAGAGGUGGAAAUCCCUCUUAUUCGUUCGGUCGAGGGCAACGAUAAUAUGGGUGCUUACCUCAACGAGGCGCAUCCUUAUGAGCCUGGUUUCCAAGGGUCAUUUUGGGGUGACAAUUACCCUCGUUUGUACAGCCUCAAGCAGAAGUGGGAUCCAAAGGGGCUUUUCAUUGCUCGUAAAGGAGUAGGUAGCGAGGACUGGGACGAUGCGGGGUUGUGUCUGAGCAAAUAA